AUGAUGAUGAUGAUGAUGCGCGUGACGCCACGGGCAGAGGCAGAUCAGCGGAGCGGCAGACGGGACCCGGGCUGAGGCAGCAGCAGCAUCCGCAGCAGCAGCGGCGCCAUAAAGCGACUCUCCGAGGCUCUCUCCGGGAUCUGGCAUGCUUCGGCUCGGCGGCAGGAUGUGCGCGCUCUCGGCCCUGCUCUCCGUGCUCCUCGCUGGACUCGCUGCAGCGUCCUCCGAUGUGUUUGACGACCAGCUGGGCGACAUCAAUUACUGCAAGAAGCAGUGCGCGCUCACCAUCAGAAACAAAAGCCCCGCUAAAGACUCCAUAAUGAAUGCCUGUCACCGCGGCUGUCGCCUCUACUCCAUCUGCCAGUUUGUCAAUGGCAACGCUGGCUUUAAUACCAGCAGGGAGGAGUGUCAGGGAGCAUGCCAGGAGGCAUAUAUUAAGCUGCUGGAGCAGGAGGCCUGCAGCACCGGCUGUGCCAGUCAGCCUUCCGAACCUGAGAUCAAGAGAAGGAAGCUGAAGGCCAUGACUCUCCGCCCAAAGCCGCCCUCUGUGAUGGAAGCCGUGUCCAGCUGGUGCAAUGACAUUGUCAGCUCCGCCCAGAGUUUCAUUUCCUCCACCUGGACCUUCUACCUGCAGGCUGACGACGGCAAGGUUGUGGUUUUCCAGAGCCAGCCAGAGAUGGAGUACUCUCUGCCCGAGCUGCAGGCUCCUCGAUCCAGCGUGGCAGACAAACCCUGGCCUCAGGUCCACUCUCACACCCAGAGGCCCCACGGUGCGAGGGGACACGGGGAGAAGGGAACUCCCAAAGCUGCAGCUAAAGGGAAACACGCCGUCCAGCACGCGGAGGACCCCGCAUCUGAGCACGACUUCCUCGGCUGCAUGUCCAGACGUUCAGGCCUUCCGCGGUGGAUUUUAGCUGCUUGUCUCUUCCUGUCUAUCAUGGUCAUGCUGUGGCUCAGCUGUGCCAGCCUCGUUACCGCACCGGAGCAGCACAUCAAGACACAGCUGAGUAUCAACGGAGAUAAAGAGUUUCUGGAAAACACCCACAAGGUCAACCCGUACCACCUGAGUCCUGUCAUCGCCGUCACCGUAAAGCAGUCGGAGGAGAGCCAGGAAGCCGGGCCGCUGCCGGUGAAGGUCGACUUGAACAAAACGUGCGUUUAGGAUGGAGCGGCGGGAGAGCGGCUGUCUCGUUUCAGCGGGUGACUAAACUCUGAGGCUCGUCAGAGAAGAGGGGUGGGGUGAAAGAAACACAUCACGAUGCUUACUCCAUCAGCAGAAUUUUAAAAAAACAUAUUCUUAAGAGCAUGGCACCCUCCAUCUUUUAAAGUGAUCUCACACAAACAUCUAGCUCGUGUCAGUCAGUUGGGUUUUUUCUGUGUCAGCUACACCUGUCAUGCAUUUCAUUACCUUGUACAAUCCAGGUUUCGUCAAGCGAGGUCGUUCCCUAAUGGUUAGCCUGCUCAUUGCUUAUUGAUGAGUCCCGGCUCUCGUCUCCGAGCCACGCGCGAGACAAGCAGAGAGGACGGACCGCAGCCGAGAGUGCUCGUGUCAUUCGUCAAGCGUGGACAAGAAGACAAACGCGGAGCUUCAUCUUAGAUUCAAUUUCCUUCGUUCUCAGAGAGUUUGGAUUAAUUAGUGGCUUGCUCACAGCAAAGGGGAAAAAAGCUCUGAGAGGAAAGGAAGAUGAAUGAAAGGUGAGAGUAAUUCCUCGCAGUUUAUGAUCCGUUCGCUCAGUCAGCACCGUGAUCUGUGCAGAAAUGGCCUCGAAAUUGAGAUUCGCGUCUUCGCUCUCGACAGCAUGAAACGGUUCUCAGGUGAGUGACCCUCGCCGAGUUCGGAGGUACAAAAACAGCACGUCGGCGUCUCUCGUCGCCUCAGUCCUGCGUGUUUUCUGGAUCUUUGUCUUUUCACACAAUUAAAUCUUAAACCGGACGCCGUCUUUAAAAAUGAGCAAAAAAUUCGACCUUAAUUUAUUUUCUCCUCGUUAUAUUCCGAGUCAUCAACGUGAGUUACCCGUUAGUGUUUUUGCAGUACCAUGUACAGUUCAGUCAUCAUGCAAAUGUAAUUAGUCUGUAUGUAAAAUACUGUAACAUCAGCUAGAGAGAGACACACAAAGACAGAUCACACCUGUUGCUAUAUUAUUAAUAAUGCUAUUGUUAUUAUUAUGAUGAUAAUUAUUCUGUUAUUGCUCUUCUAUCACUUCAAGACUUCUUAGCUGUUAUAUGUGCUUUCUAAUAGCUGACUAUUUUGUAUGUCCUAGGAGCACAUACCGAAGGAUUCCCUCUGUAACAGUGUGUAAUGCAAAGCUUUUAACACAGACCUUUGUUAUUGAGCACAGUCGCAGUCUUAGAGAAGAUUUUCUGUUUUCCUCUCAGUGCUUUAGAUGUCCUGUAGCGCUCUCUUUUAAUCCAGGCUAUGUAGACAAAAAACCGUGCAUGCAAGUGAUUCUUUGAUAGUUUAUCUUAACCGCUCGCCACUACGGCACAACUCUACUGUAGACUUGUGAUUUUUUGUGUUCAUAUUACUGUAAACCUUGAAUAGAAUGCGUAAUAACGAAUGACAAUAUCCUCAUGAUAUACAAGAAGGACUCUUAAUGAUAAUUUUUAAAAAAGCCAUCCGAUCGAUAUCUGUGCCGGAGGUAUGCCGCAAGGAACGUCAAGAUGAAUUUCAAACUGUAUUGUUUCCUUUUUACUGGUCUGUUAAUUUUCAAUGAAACGAUACAACAUGAUGAAAUAAAGUGUUUUCAUGGUAA